GGUUUAUGCUGCAAACUUGGGUAUUAUUUCUAUUGAUAAUUUACGGAUUUUAUUGCUUUCGGUUCGAUUCGGUUACCGAUAAAAACCGCUCGAUUUCGACCGAUUCGAUUUUGAUCGAUUGGUUCGAUUCGAAUGCUAUAAUUAUCGGUUCAGUUUCAAUUUGAGUGGAUAGGAUCGGUUCGGUAUAGAAUCGAUGCAAGCGAGUGGCACUCACGCCCACGAUCUAACCCGCCACGACUCGACCCGCGCUCAAGACUCGGCCCGCACCCUGUCUCUUAAUUAAAUAUUGAAGAUGAUUGGGUGGUUGCUGAUAAACAUAGCCUUAAGCCAACCCUGCUCGGUCAUGCAAGUGUGCCUUAAAUGGGUAUGUUUUUGUGGGAUGGGGGUGUAUAAAUUUGUAAAAAAAAAAAGGAAAGAAAUAACCAAUUACCAAUUUGAGCGCACUCAACGGCACUCCCAUUCAAACAUAGUUAGAUUGCUGAACAAUACUUUGCGGGUAGGUUCACGCUUUCCUCUGGAGCCCUAGGAAUUCCGCUCUUUUUCUGGAGCAGUAGUCCGCUCGCAUCAAGGAAUUUGGGGCAUCAGCGAAAAAUGGCAACUCUUAAUGACUCUUUUCUUGCUGAUCUUGAUGAACUGUCUGAUAAUGAAGAUGAUCUUCUGGAAGCAGAAAAUGACAAUGCUGAGCACAUGGAAGAAGAUAUAGAUGGUGAUUUAGCUGAUAUAGAAGCACUUAACUAUGACGAUCUUGACAGUGUGUCCAAACUACAAAAAACUCAGCGGUAUACUGACAUCAUGCAGAAAGUUGAAGAUGCAUUGGAAAAGGGGUCUGAGAACUCAAGUCAUGGAAUUGUUUUGGAAGAUGAUCCAGAGUAUCAGUUGAUAGUUGAUUGCAAUGCCUUGUCUGUUGAUAUUGAAAAUGAAAUUGUGAUAAUUCACAAUUUUAUCCGCGACAAGUACCGUUUGAAAUUUCCAGAACUUGAAUCACUUGUUCAUCAUCCAAUUGAUUAUGCUCGGGUUGUUAAAAAGAUUGCUAAUGAAAUGGAUCUGACGCUUGUUGAUCUUGAAGGACUUUUACCAUCUGCCAUUAUUAUGGUCGUUUCUGUAACAGCAUCAACUACUAGUGGCAAGCCUCUUCCGGAGGAUGUCUUGCAAAAGACAAUUGAUGCAUGUGAUCGCGCUCUUGCUCUAGAUUCUGCAAAGAAAAAGGUCCUUGAUUUUGUGGAGAGUCGAAUGGGGUAUAUUGCUCCAAAUCUCUCAGCUAUAGUUGGAAGUGCUGUCGCUGCAAAACUAAUUGGUACAGCUGGUGGUCUUUCAGCAUUAGCAAAAAUGCCUGCAUGUAAUGUUCAGCUUCUUGGUGCGAAAAAGAAGAAUUUAGCAGGCUUUUCCACAGCGACAUCCCAAUUUCGUGUUGGUUAUUUGGAGCAAACUGAGAUUUUCCAGAGUACUCCACCUUCCUUAAGAAUGCGUGCUUGUCGACUUUUGGCUUCAAAAUCCACUCUCGCCGCACGUGUAGAUUCCACUAGGGGAGACCCAACUGGAAAAACUGGGAGAACUUUACGUGCAGAGAUUCACAAAAAGAUAGAGAAGUGGCAAGAGCCUCCUCCUGCUAAGCAGCCUAAACCACUUCCAGUUCCUGAUUCAGAGCCUAGAAAGAAGAGAGGUGGUCGGCGAUUAAGGAAGAUGAAAGAAAGAUAUGCUAUUACAGACAUGCGGAAGCUUGCAAACAGGAUGCAGUUUGGAAUUCCAGAGGAGAGCUCACUAGGUGAUGGACUUGGUGAAGGAUAUGGAAUGCUCGGUCAGGCUGGUAGUGGAAAGCUUCGUGUAUCUGUUGGACAGAGCAGACUUGCUGCUAAAGUGGCUAAGAAGUUUAAGGAAAAGAGUUAUGGAAGCAGUGGCGCAACUUCUGGACUGACCUCAAGUCUGGCUUUCACACCCGUGCAGGGAAUUGAGCUUUCAAAUCCUCAGGCAAACCAGUUUGGAGGAACUCAGAGUACUUAUUUUUCGGAGACUGGAACGUUUUCGAAGAUCAAGAGAACGUAAAACACGCUUGGUCUGCUACUCUGCGUUCGUGCAACUUCUGUAACAAAUUCUAUUUUCCAAUGUGCUUUGUUUCUUCACUAUGUUAAUCAUACAGAGAGUAUUUGACUACAUUUCGUUUUUUUGGCUCCUAUUGUGAUUUGUGAGGUCUCAGUUUGAAUGGUAAUGAUCAGCUUA